GGCCUGAGUCUCCUCCAUUUUCACUCUCUCCUCUCUCUUUCUAAAUCAAAGAAAAUAAGAUGAGUCUUCGAAUGGCUGAAGAACCUUCCACUCCAGAAAUCCACAUCCCAGCCGACAUCCACUGGGAUAUGCUCGACAAAUCCAAGUUCUUCUUCCUCGGCGCCGCCUUAUUCUCCGGCGUAUCCGCAACUCUCUAUCCAAUCGUCCUUCUCAAAACCCGCCAACAAGUCUCCGUCGGCCCAACUUCCUGUUUCAACACUGCCUUCUCCAUUCUCCGCUACGAUGGCCCUAAAGGUUUCUACAGAGGCUUAGGUACCUCUCUAAUGGGCACAAUCCCAGCUCGAGCUCUUUACAUGUCCGCCCUCGAAAUCACAAAAAGCACCGUCGGAACAGCCGCCGUUAAAUUGGGUUUCUCCGAUUCAUCAGCCGCCACUGUUUCAAACACCGCCGCCGGUCUAACCGCUUCCAUGGCCGCCCAACUUGUUUGGACCCCGAUCGACGUCGUCAGCCAGAGACUAAUGGUUCAGGGCGGUGGCAAUGAAUUUGGAUAUAAGAUUAACAACAUUAACAACCCAUAUCGAUACAAUAACGGAAUCGAUGCGUUUAGGAAAAUAAUCUAUACAGAUGGAAUAAGAGGAUUAUACAGAGGAUUCACGAUUUCACUUCUAACCUACGCACCAUCGAAUGCUGUUUGGUGGGGUAGUUACUCAUUAGCUUAUAGAAUGUUACGGCGGAGGGAUUCGGAUGAUGGGUUGAGAGUGGUGGCGGUUCAAGGGUUGAGUGCGGCGGUGGCAAGUGGGUUAUCGGCGAUAGUGACGAUGCCUUUAGAUACAGUGAGGACGAGAGUGCAGGUGAUGGUGAAGAGUGAAAUGGGAAAUGAAAGGAAAGGGAAAGGUCCGACAAUGGGUGAGAGUGUUAGGAAUUUAGUGAGGGAAGGUGGAUUGAGUGCUUGUUACAGAGGAUUGGGACCGAGAUGGGCUUCCAUGUCUCUUUCUGCAACCACCAUGAUUACUACCUAUGAGUUUCUUAAGAAACUAUCUGCCAAGGAUUAUCAAGAUUCUUGAUUUUGGGGAGAUGGAAUUUACUCUUGUAUAAUUUUGUACAUUUGUAGCUUUUAGAUCUAAUAAAUUAACUUUCUUUUGGUUUAUUUUGUUGUUU